GGUACCCCGCAUCUACACAACAUCUUAAGCUCUUAACUUUCACAACAACUCUAUUCAUUCAUUCAUUUAUCUAUCUAUCUAUCUAUCAAUCAAUCAAUCAAACACCCCAAACACGCAGACCAAACCAUGCCUCCACGAAUCCUCCUCCUCGGCGGCCACGGCAAAAUUUCCCUCCUCAUGACUCCUAAAAUCCUGGCGCGUUCUUGGUCUUUGGUCUCUUUGGUGAGGAAUGAGCAGCAGAGGGGGGAUAUUCUUGAAGUGGCGAAGAGGGCGGGGGAUAUAAAGAGUAAAGAAGGGAAUUUGGGGGUUGGGGAUUUGGAAAUUGGGAAUUUGGAAAUUUUGGUCAGGAGUUUGGAGGAUGUGAGGUGUGUGGAUGAUGCGAGGGGGAUUUUGGAGCUGGUGAAACCGGAUUGGGUGGUUUGGUGCGCGGGUUUGUUGAUCUUUUUCUUUUGGGGGCGAGGGGAGAGUUGGAUUUGUUUUAGGGGAAGAGGGAUAAGAGGAAGAAUAACAGGAUUAAUAAUAAGAUUUACCUAUAAUCACAAUAAAUCAUAAACUAACACAAAAAACCCAAAACCGUAGGAGCCGGCGGCAAAGGCGACAAAUCCCGUACCUACGCCAUCGACCAAAACGCCUGCAUCCAUUUCAUACGCGCCAGUAUCUCCACCCCCUCCAUCAGUAAAUUCCUCCUCGUCUCCGCCCUCAUAUGUCGUCGUUCGCGCGCUCCCUGGUGGAACGACGAUGAUUGGAAAUACGUAGAGAAAGUUAAUAGGGAGAUACUUCCGGAUUAUUAUCAGGCGAAAUUGAAAGCUGAUCAGGCGCUUGUGGUGGAGGGGAGUGAGAGGAAGGAUUGGAUUUGGAUAGAUUUGAGGCCGGGGACUUUGAGUGAUGAGGCGGAGAAGGGAGGGUGGUGCUGGGGAAGACCGGGGAGGGAAACUGGGGGAUGUGGCGGAGGUGGUGGUUAGGUUGUUAGAGGGGAGGAGGGUAUUUUGAUUUGGUUAAUGGGGAGGAGAGGGGAGGGAUGAAGGGGUGGAUAUAGGGAGGCGGUUGAGAGGGUUUUGGGUGGUGGGGUGGAUGCUAGGGAUGGGGAGGAGUUUGGGGAGGAGUUGAAGUUAUGAUGUAGGAGGGGAUUUAGGGGAUUUGAUGAUGGAUUUUGUCUUGUUUGCAUGAAAGGAUUAUUAAGUUAGAUACAUAGGUAUGGAUAAGAUCAUUGUCUAAGGAAAUCAAGACAAAAAUUUUCACUAUAUCUAUAAAGGUGUAUCUAUUCAUU